UAUUUGACAAAUGGAGGGGUAGCUGACAAUCACAAGGACUUUAAGGAGCUACGAUACAAUGAGUGUCUCUCAAACUUCAGCUGCAAUGGAAAGAAUGGGACCCCGGAUGGACGAAUUACUCAUGGCUUCCAACUGAGGAGCGCCUAUGAAAACAACUUGAUGCCUUACACCAAUUACACCUUUGAUUUCAAGGGUGUCAUUGACUACAUCUUCUAUUCCAAGACACACAUGGACGUUCUUGGCGUCCUGGGGCCUUUAGAUCCUCAGUGGAUGACGGAGAACAACAUCACUGGCUGCCCUCACCCCCAUAUUCCUUCUGACCACUUCUCACUGUUAACGCAGCUGGAACUCCACCCUCCACUUCUGCCUCUUAUUAAUGGAGUACAUUUGCCAAGCAGGAGGUAG